GAUUUGUUUGGAUCUUUUGGGUAUGCUCAUGGAGAUGGGAUGACGGCGGCCACGGACGCUUAGUGGAUUUUUCCACAAUCUGCUUUGAGAUCUUUUCCUCAUUUUAACCCGUGUGCUCUCUCGCUUUUUCUUUUUUGGGUUUUCCCUUCUGUUUGUUGUUCGAGGAGUGACUCAUCCCAGCUGUUCUUACGUUCCAGGAGAGAGAGAGAGAGAGAGAGAGGGAAGCAGAAAAGAGGAGAAUAGAAAUCCACUCGUUAUAGAGUCCUGUGCGCGUUACGGUGUUUUUCCGUCGGAGAGAGGGAACACAUUCAUGUCACCGAGAGAGGAGGGGGCAUUGAGUGCGCUCGAGUGAGAUGAAGAAGGAUUUCUGCAAGUAGAAAAGUCGGCCAGGUUUGACGGCGUGUAUCAGUGUGUGUCGGGUAGAGGAUUUGGAGGGGGAGCUGAGCUUGAGGAGAUGCACACAUGCAUGCAUGCUGACGGUCUGUCAAAGAAACUUGUAGGAUUAAAAGGGAAGGACUGCUGAAACGAGGGAAUAGUGAGAAAAGGAGAAAACUAGAGAGAAGGAUGAGGUAUAUUGGCAAGGAGGUGGAGGUGGAUGGAGGUGUGAGAUUGGUGAUGGAGAGUGCUCUGUCAGCGAGGGAUAGGGUGGGGGUGCAGGAUUUCCUGCUUCUGGACAACUACACCAGCGAAGCAGCUUUCAUCGAGAACCUGCGCCGGCGUUAUAAAGAGAACCUCAUAUACACAUAUAUCGGGUCGGUGUUGGUGUCGGUGAAUCCGUACAAAGAGCUCGGGAUUUACUCCCGAGCAAACAUGGAGCGCUACAGAGGAGUCAGCUUCUACGAAAUUUCACCUCAUAUCUUCGGCUUGGCGGAUAACUCGUACCGUGCCCUGCGGACGGCGAGGAAGGAUCAGUGCAUCCUGAUCUCAGGAGAGAGCGGAGCAGGAAAAACAGAGGCAUCUAAAAAAAUCCUGCAGUAUUACACCACCACCUGCCCUACACGCAACAACACACACUCCAUCCGAGAGAGGCUGCUGCAGUCCAUCCCUGUGCUGGAGGCUUUUGGGAACGCUAAAACUCUGCGUAAUGACAACUCCAGCCGCUUCGGCAAGUACAUGGAUGUGCAGUUUGAUUACAAGGGUGCUCCGAUUGGUGGCCACAUCCUAAACUACCUUCUAGAGAAGUCUCGGGUGGUGCACCAAAACCCCGGAGAGAGGAACUUCCACAUUUUCUACCAGCUGCUGGAGUCUGGGGACAGCUCACUACUGAUGAGGCUGGGGCUGGACACCACCAACCCACAGCACUACCGCUACCUGGUUAAGGGCAACUGUCCAAGGGUGAGUUCCAUCAACGACAAGAACAGCUGGAAAGCUGUAAGCAAAGGUCUUAGCAUCAUUGGCUUCAACGAGCAGGAGGUGGAAGAGUUACUAAAGGUCGUUGUGAGCGUGAUGCAUUUGGGAAACACCCUGUUCGGAGAGGACGAGUACGGGGAGACACACCUCACCACAGAGACUCAGCUCACAUACCUCACGGAGCUGCUGGGUGUGGAAGGGUCAGCUCUGAGUGAGGCUCUCACUCAUAAGAAGAUUGUUGCCAAAGGAGAGGAGAUGAUCGGCCCGCUGACCCUUGAGCAGGCUCUAUCAGCUCGAGACGCCCUGGCCAAAGCCAUAUAUGGUCGUACCUUUACUUGGCUCGUCCAGAAGAUCAACCAAUCACUGGCUUUCCCGGAUGAAGUGUACUACACCAGCAAAUGCUCCUCAGUCAUCGGUCUGUUGGACAUCUACGGCUUUGAGGUCUUUCAAAACAACAGUUUUGAACAGUUCUGUAUCAAUUACUGCAACGAGAAGCUGCAGCAGCUCUUCAUCGAACUCACACUGAAGAGCGAGCAAGAGGAGUACGAGGCCGAGGGCAUUGGGUGGGAGUCGGUGGAAUAUUUCAACAACAAAAUCAUCUGUGACUUGGUGGAGGAGAAAUUCAAAGGCAUCAUUGCUAUUCUGGAUGAGGAGUGUUUAAGGCCAGGAGACGCCAGUGACAUCACCUUCCUGGAGAAGCUUGAGGACAGACUGGGAGGCCACGCCCAUUUUGUGACUCAUAAACUGGCCAAUGGGAAGAUUCGCAAGGCUGUCGGGCGGGAGGAGUUUCGCCUGCUACACUACGCCGGAGAGGUCAACUACAAUGUGAAUGGGUUCCUGGACAAAAAUAAUGAUCUUCUGUACAGAAACCUAAAAGAGGUGAUGUGUCAAUCUGGGAAUUCGAUAAUAAAGCAGUGUUUCCAUCCAGAUGAACUGACUGACCAGAGGAGGCCAGAGACGGCUGCUACCCAGUUUAAGUUGAGCUUGGCCAAGCUAAUGGAGAUUCUGAUGUCUAAGGAGCCAUCAUACAUCCGUUGCAUCAAACCCAACGAUGCCAAACAACCAGGAAGGUUUGAGGAGGUGUUGGUCAGACACCAGGUGAAGUACCUGGGUUUAAUGGAGAAUCUGAGAGUAAGAAGAGCUGGAUUUGCUUACAGACGAAGCUUUGAGGCUUUCCUACAGAGGUAUAAGCCUCUAUGUCCAGAUACUUGGCCAAACUGGCAGGGAAAACUAUCAGAUGGUGUAGCUACCCUAGUCAAACAUCUGGACUACAAACCUGAGGAGUACAAACUGGGCAGGUCGAAAAUCUUCAUUCGUUUCCCAAAAACUCUUUUCCGGACCGAGGACGCUCUGGAACUCAAGAAACCAACCAUUGCUAUCAUCUUACAGAAAUGCUGGAGAGGCUACAGGGAAUGGGCCAAAUACCAGCGCAUCAGACAUGCAACAAUCACAAUCCAGUCAUGGUGGAGAGGGGUUAAAGGGCGCAGGAGAGCCAGACGGCGCAGACAAGCUGCAGACACCAUCCGCACGUUUAUAAAAGGCUUCAUUCUGAGGCACGAGCCUCGUUGUCCCGAUAACGAGUACUUCCUGGACCAUGUGCGCUUCUCGUAUUUGAUGACGAUCAAGCGAAAUUUACCAAAGAGUAUUCUGGACAGGAAAUGGCCGGUGCCACCACCAUCACUCGAAGAGGCCUCGGUGUACAUCCACCGUCUGUGUAUACGCAACCUGGUGAAUGACUACUGCAGGAAAAUCCAACCCGAGUGGAAGAACCAGUUGGAGCAGAAGGUUGUAGCCAGUGGUAUUUUCAGGGGUCAGAAGGACAACUACCCUCGUAGUGUCCCUAGGCUUUUUGUGGGCACCAGACUGGAGAACGAAGAGAUCAAUCUGAAAGUGCGACAAACUCUUGGAAGUGACAACAAAGUGAAGUAUGGUGUGCCAGUCAUCAAGUACGAUCGGCAUGGAUUUCGUGCCAGGCCACGCCAGCUGCUGAUGACCGGCUCUUCCGUGGUUCUCGUUCAGGAGUCCAAAAUCAAGCAGCGCAUCGACUACGGUUCCCUGCUGGGCAUCUCAGUCAGUUCACUCAGUGAUGGCUUUUUUGUCUUGCAUGUGCCCACUGCUGACAGCAAGCAAAAGGGCGAUCUGGUGCUGCAGAGUGACCACGUGAUCGAGGCUGUCACCAAACUGGCGAUCCUGUCAGACAAGAUACACAAUGUCAAUGUCAGUCAGGACAGUAUUAGGUUUGCAAUAGCCCGGGGCAAAGAAGGCAUCAUUGACUUCACCUCUGGGGCGGAGCUACGAGUGGUCAAGGCCAAGAAUGGACACCUGUCUGUGACGGCCCCAAGAAUCAACAGCAGUGUAUGAUCGUGUGUUGACCAAUCACACAGCUCACUAUGAAGAAGCGUUCAUCACGAUGGACCAAUCACUCACUGAAGAAUUAUCUGUUUAUGCCAACUGCCACACAAUCGCCACGUGUUAUCGCAGACUGUUGUGCUCGUGUUUUGUUUUGAUAGUUCAGUCCAAAUGAGCACCACUAACUUUUUUUUUUUUAAUUAUUUUUUUGAUUUUCUCAGUAAAAGCAUUUAAGCAGCCAGACUAAUGAAAUGAAUGCCGCACCAGUUAGGAUGAUUGUUUUUAGUCCGUUCAGAAAUUUGAACCUUUUUAACGAUUCUUCUAUGACUUUCGAAAAACACUUACGAUAUUUCGCUUUGCACUUUGAUCUUGCAAUCUUGCACCUUCUUUAGUGGUCUUGGGUUAGGGCUUGGGGUAUCUGGUACAUCUUUUAGUUUGAUUCAGUAAACCAUGUUUUCACUUCCUGUUCUAAUUUCCCUUGGCUUGCUGGCACUGGAAGUGAGAUCACGACGCAGGUCCGAGAUAUAUUUUACAGUGUAAAGAAUACAGUGUAGGCUGAGUGUAUGUAAUUGUGUAGAUUGCAGGAAGUUCACAAGUUCAUCCACCUAUUCUGAAGAGUCAGCACGUGUGUGUGUCGUGAAAGAUUGAAGCCUGGAUCUGUGUCACCUAUGUUGAAAGGUGAGGCAAAUAAGGUAGCUGAACGUAGGGAAGAAUGAACUCAGGAGGGCUACAACACUAAUCAUAAAUUCAAGUCGAGUUAUAAACCAGACAGUCUUAAAACAAGUAAUAACACUUUUACCUCAGCUGCAAACUGCAGAGCAAAAGAAGACAUCUUGCUAAAUCAAUAUAUACACACACAUUUGCACUCACUCAUGAACAAGUAAAAAAAUAAAUAAAUAAAACAUUGAACAAAACCUUUUAUACAAGUGAAGGCUUAACAGGAGCAUUUUGUAGGAAUUCCUUAAUAGUCCCCGAAUAAAAUCCAAAAAUUCUUCAGAGUUUAUUCAGUGACACAAGUUCCACAACAAGAGCAUUAUGAUGCACUUAUAAA